AUGUUAAGAGAAAUUGCCGGAAAUUUUGUCCACAAUUUGUUUGGCUUGGAUAACACUAAUUGCAUUUUUGUUGAAACAAAUUCAUUUUGGUGUCAGGGAAAAGUAUCUUUAUCUUCAUUGACAACUUCAACGACAGAAGAAGAGGUGGAAGAGGAGGGAAACGAAAAGGAAGAGGAUGAAGAAAAUGAAGAAGAACAUAUUGGGGUUGAGGGAGGAAAGGAAAUGGAAGAAGAAAGGAGGGAGGAAGAGAAGGAAGAUAUAAAUGAAGCAAGGGAGGAGGAAGGAAUGGAAGUAGUAAAUGAAGAAGGGAAGGAAGAAGCAAAGUUUGGAAACGAAAAUAAUGAAAAAGAAAAACAACAAAAUCCUCAAACCUAUUCUGAUGGAAAUGCUUAUUUUUGUCGAAUGUGUGCUCAUCUAUUUGGUCAAAAAAGUGAUUGGACUAGUCAUUUAUGUAAUAAUAAAUACUUGAAAAAUGAUGAAGAAAAAGAACCUUUGGAAAUUCAGGUAGACUUGGAAGAGCAAUUCCCCACUUCUGGUUCCUUUAUUCCUUCUUAUUCAAAACUUGAUUUUUUAAAUAAAACAAAUUGUGAAUCAACAACAAUGUCUGCUUCUGUCUGUACAAAAUGUUUUGAAACAAAUUUUGCUUCACGUUCAGAAUUUCAUGAACAUUUAUUUAAAUGUGCUCUUUCUGAUACAAAUUAA